AUGGGCGCUUCUGCUGGCGUUUUGUUAUUAGGAGGAGCGGCAAUGCUUUAUCAAACAUACUAUAAAGCCCAUGUUGUCUCCAAGAUGGAAGCUGCUUUUGCUCCCGGAUAUGAUCCUGUACUUGCUUUGGUGGAAAAUAGUACAGAGAUGGCAUACGUAGAGAUUUCACCCCCAAGACCUGAACAGGAUUUGAUCGAUCGAAUCAUCCAAGGCAAAGAGGCUGGAAGGUAUUUCUUGAUAUUGGGUAGCAAAGGAGCGGGAAAGCAAACAAUGUUGAUUCAAGCAAUAUCGCGAGCAAAGGCUGAAGGUGUUGCCUUUUUUGAAGCACAUUCCGACUGCGAAGUAGUUGUGGACAAGUUCAGCGAAUCGAUCAACUAUAAUAUGAACAGAGAUUACCUUGGAAAUUUGUUGGGCUUAUCAGACUUAAGCGGAAUGAGCGUCUUUCAAUCACUUGAAAGAGCAAUGCAUAAACUAGAAAAAGCUUUAAUACGAUAUUCUCAGCAGAAAGGCAGGCCUGCCAUUAUCAUCAUGAACGCUGCCCACCUACUACCGCAAGACGAUGACGGUAAAAAGGUUUUGCAAUUAUUUCAACAAAGGGCAGAGAAAUGGGCUUCAAGUGGUGUGUGCACUUUCGUGUUUACCUCGAACGACUAUUGGAUAUAUGACGCAUUGAGGAAGAAUUCAAAUCGAAUGGAUACACUCUCUGUCAAAGAUCUAAGUCGCGCACAAUCGAUUGAUGUGCUAAAGAAGUGUAGAGCUCACUACUUUGGCAUCGAAAGAGCAAGAGAAGAAGAUUCUCAAGGAAUAUUUGCAAAAGCAUAUGAGACAUUGGGCGGCAGAGUGGCAUUGCUCAAUACGAUGGCACGCAGAAGCAACUUACUCAAAGCUACGGAACAAUUGGUCGAAGAUGAUCUACAAUGGCUAUUGAGUAAGACUGGUAUCAUCGAAGACCACGAUGAUGAUGUGAUGGAUGAACAAAAGUGGUCUACAUGCUCUUGGCUCUUAUUCGUCGAACUGGCCAAAAGACACGCCGCUUUAGAAGGAGGUCAGGAUACCCACGACAAUUCAGAUUCGUCAGCAGAACAGGAAGGAGUUGAUCUAGACAACGAUGAUGGCGAUGCGGGCAGUACAUCAUCACAUUCUUCCGCCCAUCCUUUGGUUGAUCCAAGUCUAGAUCAAGAAAAGGAUGUUAGAGGCGAAGAUGUUCCAAAUCCUCAUCUGACAUGGGGAGAAGCUCGACAAGUGAUGACAAGACCGGAUUAUCUAACACAACUUGAUCAAAUGAAUAUCAUUCAAGUUAAUAGACAUCAUGAAAUUCGUGCAGAUUCAAUGCCACUCUUACGCGCUUUUCGUAGAAUUGCUCAAGAACCCGGAUAUGAAGAUAAACUUGAACGUGUAAUGGAUCGAGUUUCAGCCAUUGAGUCAUUAGGACGGACGAGAGAAUUAGUAUGGAAAGAACAAGGUGAAAAAGGUAAAUUCCUCGUCAAGCAUGAUCAUAAAGGUCGCGAAUUGGAAUCAUGGGUCUUGUUGGGUGGUGAUGAGAGAUUAGGAAGGGAAGAAGAGGAAGAAGAGAAGUGA